AUGGUGAAAGAUAUUCGCCGGCUUGCAAAUCUAGAAGUGCGACUCUUGGAUUCUGAAGAUGGGGGAAUGGUUGUUCAUGAGAUUGCUACGUCUUCCCUCUGUGCAGAAGUUAAAAAAAAGAUAGAUUAUGUGUACCAGAUAUGGAUGAUUUACGGAAUAGAAUCCUUGACAAAGGUUACACUUCGAGCUAGAGGUACCGAGACAACGAUAGACUGGCCUACAAGGAUGAGGAUUGCUAUCGGUAUUACAAAAGGAAUUUGCUUUCUGCAUACCAAAGAAAACAUAAUACAUGGGAAUCUUACAUCAAGAAACAUACUGCUUGAUGAGCAAAACAACCCAAAGAUUGCUGAUGUCGGACUCUCCAGGCUUAUGACUACUGCUGGAAAUACCAACGUGAUCGCCACUGCAGGAACGCUAGGUUAUCAUGCACCAGAACUCUCCAAAAUCAAGAAUGCAAGUACCAAGACAGAUGUCUAUAGUCUUGGAGUGAUCAUUUUGGAGCUCUUAACUGGAAAAUCCCCUAGCGAGGCUAUGGAUGAUCUUGAUUUACCACAGUGGGUAGCUUCCAUUGUGAAAGAGGAGUGGACUAAUGAAGUGUUUGAUGUUGAACUUAUGAGGGAUGCACCUAAUAUUGGUGGUGAGUUUCUUAAUACUUGA